GUUCGGUAUAUAUAUCUAGGGGAGAUGAGCAGAAGGCCCCUGGCAGCCAAAAUGAAGUCUCUGGUGUUUGUAUGCUGCUUGCUGUCUCUGCUGGCCCUGUCUGCUGCAGAUCUCUUGGCAGACUCCUCCAUCCAUGAUGAGGAGCAUCUGGUGCGUCUGCAGCUCCAGCAGCCAGAGGGAGACCUCUUCUCCUGUGGAUGUGACACAACAGAAGAUCACACCAGCCAGAGCUCCUCCAACGACACCCCAGCCCCAGAGAGGGCCAUGUGUCAGCCCUGUACACCCCCAUCAGCUUUAGGUGCUCCCGCUGAAGAAGAGCCAGCCUCGCCCUCAGAGCAAGAAGAGGAGGAGGAAGCAGCUGCAACUGAGGAAGAUGCUCCCACUGUUGAGAUAACAAGUGAUGUAACAGAAGAACAGGAGGAGGCAGCUUCCCAGGAGAAGGAGGAAGAAGGAGAGGAGAUUUCUGAUGAAGAGGCUGAUGCAGAGCCUGUAGAGGAGGUUCAAAGUGUAGAGGAGGAGGAGGAGGAGGAAGUAGCUGAGGAGGUUGCAUCUUCUGAAGAGGAGGAGAAGGUAGCAGAGGAAGAGGAGGACCACACAGAGGAAGGAGGGGAAGAAGCAGAGGAGGAAUUGCCUCAUGAGGAGGAGGAAGAAGAGGAUGUACCUCAGGGAGAUGAUGCAGAAGAGGAAAAACAUGCUGUUGAAGAAGCAAUUCAGGAACCAGAAGGUGAAGACAAACAGGAGAACACAGAGGAAGCAGCCGAGAAAGUGACAGCAGAGCCUGAUGAAGAACCCGAGGCUGAGCCAGAGAUGAUUUCAGAACCAGAGGCAGAAGCAGAACCCGAGGCUGAGCCAGAGGUGAUUUCAGAACCAGAGCCAGAAGCAGAACCCGAGGCUGAACCAGAGGUGAUUUCAGAACCAGAGGCAGAAGCAGAACCUGAGGCUGAGCCAGAGGUGAUUUCAGAACCAGAGCCAGAAGCAGAACCCGAGGCUGAGCCAGAGGUGAUUUCAGAACCAGAGGCAGAAGCAGAACCCGAGGCUGAGCCAGAGGUGAUUUCAGAACCAGAGGUGGCUGCAGAGCCUGAGAUUGAAGAGGCUGCAGGACAAGAACCAGAACCUGAAGUAAUUUCAGAGCCGGAGAUGACUCCAGAGGCUGAAAUAAAACCAGAACCUAUUGUGGAGGUGGUCACACCAGAGUCUGUUGAGGAGGUGGCCGUGGAAGACGUACCCAUGGAAACCACAGUGGAGGAGGCUCCCGUGGUGGAAGAGAAACCUGUUGACGUUGAGGAAGCAACAGUGGAGGACAUGACUGCAGAGGAGCCUGCACAGUCUACGGCCAAAGCAGGUGAGGAUGAGGCAGCAGGCCCAGCACAGAGGGACCGCUCCCACAUUGAGGAAACACUGCGAUUGGCUACUGCUGAACCCUCAGAAGAGUUCUCAGCUGCUAUGAAGAAGCUGUUGAACAUCUACCACAAGGCCAUCAAGCCAGUGGAGCAAGCCUACAAGUACAAUGAGCUCAGGCAGCAUGAGGUCACAGAUGGGGAGGUCACCUCUAAACCAAUGGUUUUGUUCCUUGGACCCUGGAGUGUCGGCAAGUCCUCCAUGGUCAACUACCUGCUGGGUCUUCACGGCACUUCGCAAGAACUUUACACAGGUGCUGAACCCACCACCUCUGAGUACACUGUCAUAAUGCAUGGUGAGAAGUUUCGGACCAUAGAAGGGAUUGUUAUGGCAGCUGAUAGCUCACGGUCCUUCUCCCCGCUGGAAAAGUUCGGCCAAGGCUUCCUGGAGAAGUUGGUGGGUAUCGAGAUGCCCCACAAGCUGCUGGAGAGGGUCACCUUCGUGGAUACGCCUGGUGUCAUCGAGAACCGCAAGCAGCAAGAGAGAGGUUACCCCUACAGCGAGGUGUGCCAGUGGUUCAUUGAUCGGGCUGAUCUGAUCUUCCUGGUGUUCGACCCCACCAAACUGGACGUGGGUGGGGAGCUGGAGAUGCUCUUCAGGCAGAUGAAGGGCCGCGAGUCCCAGAUCCGCCUCAUCCUCAACAAGGCCGACAGUCUCACCACCCAGGACCUGAUGAGGGUCUAUGGAGCCCUGUUCUGGAGCAUGGCACCCCUGAUCAACGUCACAGAGCCCCCUCGGGUGUACGUCAGCUCCUUCUGGCCUCAGGACUACUCUGCAGACACCAGCCGAGAGCUCUUCAUGAAGGAGGAGACCUCUCUACUGGAGGACCUCAACCAGGUGAUUGAGAACCAGAUGGAGAACAAGAUCGCUUUCAUCCGCCAGCAUGGUAUCCGUGUGCGCAUCCAUGCCCUCCUUGUGGACCGCUACCUCCAGACCUACUAUGACAAGCUGGGCUGGUUUAGCGACCCCUACGAGGUGUUCCACGACAUUGUCACUGACCCGGACAAGUACUACAUCUUCAAAUCCAUUCUGGCCAAGACCAACGUCAGCAAGUUCGACCUGCCUGACAAGGAGGCCUAUCAGGACUUCUUCGGAGUGAACCCCGUGUCCAGCUUCAAGCAGCUCUCCCAACACUGCAGCUGGAGUGGCGGCUGCUUGCUGGACAGGAUAGAGAAGGCCAUCUCGCAGGAGCUGCCAGCUCUACUUAGCAGUGUCAGCAAGGGCGCAGACGCACCUGCCCCCUCGAAGUCCGCCCCGACACCUCCGCCCCCGCUCCCUGGCACCUGUGAGGGUCCUGGGUGUGAGGAGAAACCCAAAAACCGCUGGAGGAGGCAGUGAGAUGGAGGAGGAGGCAGUGAGAUGGAGGAGAAGGGUGCAGGAGGAAGAACAGAGGAGGCAGAUGGCGGCAGCAGCAGCAGCAGCCAGAGGCGUUCCUGAAAUAAUCCCCACUGAUUCUCAGGACUGGAUGUGGGGAGACUGAGCAAAACAGAGAGAAAGAGAAUAGAAAAUGUGCAAAGAUGUACCAAGCAGACUGGGGUCGGAUUGUACUUAAAAAUACUAUCUGAUCUGAUCUGAUACUAUUCUUACUGCCUGUUUUUUUUCUGCAUGAAGUACCAAAUGGACAGAAUUUACUCCAUCAGAAUAGUUCAAAUAGUCUUAGACUAAAGUUGUAAAACUAAAGUUGAUACCCUCAGUAUCUGGUACUUAAGUGAAUCAAAACUAACAAUGAAAAGUGUUUGCAUAUUUGACUACAGUUUGGUAGAAAGUGUAGAUAAAAAGGUGUGUAGUCAACUUUCCAUCUGAAGCUUUCGCUGUCUGACAAAACAUGCUACUUGUCUGCAGCACAACAUAUUUCCAAAAGAUGGAAAUGAGAAAAAAAUAGACCUCUGUUUUCUCUUAUAUGUGAAUAAAAUCAGAGAAUGGUUGUUUUCUUGUUUCUCCCAGUUUUUCAAGUUUGUAUAUUAUUUAUUCACAUCUUCAGAGAAAGAUGCUGGCAGUGACUACUCCUCCAGAGAAACUAAACGCUGCCACUCUUAUGUCUGAAGAGUCAGUCACAUCUGCUGUGCUGUGUUUUUACCAUCUCAAUCCACUUAGUCACCAUGUUAAUGUCCUAAAAAACAGUGUGAGACAGAAUGGUGCUCUUGUAGUGUUGAUUUUAGCAGUAGUUCAAACACAUUCAGUCAGUAUGCUGUCCUACACUACACUGUACUGUUUCUGUAUUGUUCUAUACUCUUUUCAUUCUCCUCAAAACUCCAUCAUUUAAUUGCAGAUUUCUGUCCAUGUAAGCUUAAUGCCAGUGUGGCCUUUUCAGCCCUCUGAACUGUUGCUAGUUUUACCUCAACCUGGCUGCAUGCCACAUGGGGCAUUUUCUUUAAAAUGUAAUCUUUCCUCGUUCUUUUAGGUCUGUUUGUAAUUGUUCUUCUUUUGUGUGAUUUCUUUUGAAUAAACCACGAAAACAUUU